AUGGAGGCGAUCCGACAGCGCAGAGCGCUCGACACCUGGCCGGUUCUCAGCGACCGGCGGCCUUCCACGGCGAUGGGGCUACAGGGCGGUAGGUGUCAGAAUCGCGGAGAACCUUCGAGGGAGUUCGAGCCUUUCUGCCGUGAACAGUUCAUGGCCGCCUGGGUGCACGCUGCAGGCGGGUGGGUUCUCGGCGCGCUCUCCGAGCGCUGGACUGGACCUGGCCGCAGCGGGAUCGCCGAGGUCUCCUGCCGCUGCGUGUUCGAGGGCUCGGACACGACCGACGGCCUGGUGGCCAUCCUCCGGGAGCAGCUGGCACGCUGCGGCCCGGAGCACCUGCAGGGGGUCGCGUGCCAGCCCUGCCCUCCGUGCCCGCUCCCGCCUGGGCACUACACGGGGCUCGACCUCUGCGGCGCGGCCGUGGUGGGCGUGGCCCUUGGCGCUGGGCUCGCGACCGCGGGCUGGCUGGCGGCGGGCUCGCCUGGACGGCCGGCGGCGCGAGCGCGCGCCCUCGCCGUCGAGGACGACGCCGGCGGCACGCACGUGGCGACGCCGGCGGGCCUCGGGUACGAGGACGACGAGAACUUCCAGUGGCAUCACCGUGUGCUGCUGGUGAAGGGCGAUGCCCAGAAGUGGAUCUGGCUCACGCCGGAUGGGGAGGUGGCCUUCGUCGACCUGGCCACGUUCCGUGUGCUGGCCCUUCGGCGGUCGGGCCCCUUCCCGGCGCGGCAUGCGGGCAACAUCUACGCCUUCGACGAAGUGGCGCCGGAGGACAUGCAGGGCUACCUCGAGGAGGCCAGGGCGCUGGGGACGAUCCUCGGGUUCGACCUCGCCGGCGUCGUGGGCCUCCCCGGGGACAAGUGGUACGUGAGCGACCCCACCUCGUCGCACUUCGGCGAGGAGGUGCCGCCGCAGGUCCUCGCCAACGAGGAGGUCCUGGUGCGGCGUGGGGAUGUUGGGCUCGUACGGCUGGACGACGUCUGGGUCCACGCGAUCAAGGUGGGCGAGGGUCAGAAUUUCGACACGCACCUCGCCCGAGCUCGCGGGGGCGCGGGCCGGGACCCGCGCAUCGUGGGCGACGACAGGGACCAGGAUGGAGGCAGGUACAUCGACUUCCGGGACUCGGUGCGCCGCAUGAAGGAGGCGACGAUACCGGGCUGGCCGCUGCAGGGCCGCCGAGCGACGAGGGAGGCUGUGCUUUCGCUUCGAGACGGUGGUCAGGGCAACUGGGAGGAACACCACACCACGUGGCUCCGCCGCAGCGGAGUGGCCGAGCGCGGGAACGUCGCCCGGGAGCACCACAUGAUCUGCGUGUCUCUUCGGAUGAUGCAGCAGUUCGAUCAGCUCGACCUGUUCAACAUUGCGGGCGCCGAGUAUCUCGUCAGACGGCUCAAGCAGCUGGAGUCGGCGACCCGCAAGAACCCUCGGGCCCCCGACUUCGAGGGACUCGACCUCAUCCUCGACACGGGGGUCGACGACACGGGCGGCAUGGUGCUGCCGGAGUUCGACGGAUGGGUUGGCGACCAGGCGCGUGCCCGCGCUCAGACCAUGAAGGCGAAUCGGCAGUGGCAGGAGGAGAGCGUCGCUCACGUGAACACCGUGUUCGUGAGGCAGUACAUUCGAUCAACUGUCUCGCCGCCUGCACGGUGCGCCAUCGGGGCCGCGGGCCAGGUGGCGCUGCCGAUUCAGGGGCUGCGGGAGCUCCUCAAGUCCGACUCGCUCUACGGAGGCGCGCCGUCCAAGGUCGUCCCGUACGAGGAGUCCAAGCUCAAGUUCUGGCAGUCCUCGGUCACGCCUCGAGACGUGGAGGAGGUCUGCCCCAAGAUCGUCGUCGACGCCUUCCGCGACCCCGACGCCUACAUCCGCAAGCCGGACCGCGUGGUGGAGCAGGACCUCGAGCUCCUGCCGCCGAUCAAGCCGUACUGGGACGCGCGGCUUGCCAGCGACGCCAGCCUUCGGCGGGACUUCCUUCUCAGGCUCGCGGGGCGGGGACUGGUCGGCUUCCGGAGGCGCAUCAGGUCACGUGUGGGGUGUUUUUUCGUCGAGAAGAAGGGCGGCUGGAUCCGCCUGGUCGUCGACGCUCGCGACACCAACCGCACCCACUGGGCGCCGCCGCAUGCCGCCCUCGGGACCCCCGCCGCCCUCAGCGAGCAGGACUGGUCCGAUGCUGCGCUCUCGGACGCUGGAUGGGUCAGCGCUGAUGGCUCUCCCGCUCAGAUCUUCGGGUCGUCCCUCGACCUCCAGGACUCGUUCUACCAGUUCUUCUCGGAGCGCGUCGCGGAGGAUUUCGGGAUGGACUUCCCUGAGCGGGCCUCGUACUACCAGGUCUCCCACAUCUGGACGCCCGACGGCCUGUCCCCUGUCGACCCCGACGAGCUCGUCUUCCCGGUCUUCCGCGGGGUGCCGAUAGGGUGGUCAUGGGCACUCUGGGCCGUGCACUCGUCCGUCACGUCCUGGGUCUCUGACACGCUGCCGGGGGGUGCCCGGCGCCUGCUGCUCGACAAGCAGCCAGCUCCCGUCGCGGCACCCUUCCGCCCCACGGGGUCGGUCUACGUGGACAACGUCUCGUUCCUGGGCCUUUCGAGCGACGACGUCGGGCAGGCGCUGCAGGCCGCGAAGGACAAGCUCGACUCGCUCGGCAUCGCGCGCCACGAGGUCGAGGGCCCGGCCACACACUUCAGCACCGUCGGCGUCGAGUACGACGGGAGGCGGAGGCGCCUGCGUCAUUCCGAUCACCGAGCCUGGCGCCUCUACUUGGCCUGUCAGGAGCUCGAGCGCCCAGGGGUCCCUCGCGCGGCCUGGCAGAUCCGAGUGUUCCUCGGGCACUGUGUGCAGCACUGCCUGCUGCUGCGGCCGGCCCUCUCGAUCUUCCGCCUGCUCUACCGCUUCGUGGACGCGCAGGGCCAGGGGCCCCCAGUCGCUCUGUCUGCUGGGGCCCGCCGGGAGAUCCAGCUCUUCAGGGGCCUCAUCUUCCAGGCCGUCGUCUUCUUGGACCGGCCGAUGUCCUCCCUGGUUUUGUGCUCCGACUCGUCCGAGGCGGGCUACGCUCUCCACCGCCGACGCGCUGACGUGCGACUCCUUCGGCAGCUGGCUGCUACCCGGGAGAGGUGGAGGUUCGUCCCCGACGAGAAGCGGCCCGACGCGGCGCUCGACGACACCUUCUCCCCGGGCUGGGUGCCGGGCGCUGGUGGAGUGCUGGGGGAGCCGCCGGGCGCUACAGGCAUGGCCGUCUGGGCCCCCCCGCCGACGCGCUCGAGGGAGGGCGCCCGAGGCGUACUCAAGGGUCGUCUCAGGCCCACUGUGCGACCUGCUGGCGUCUCCGUGCCCGACAGCCUGGUCGAUCCCAGGGACUGGUCUCUCAUCGUGGAGGGCGCCUGGCGCCGCGGGGCCCCCAUUCACCUGCUGGAGGGUCGCAUCGCCCUGGGGGGCCUGCGGCGCGCCGCCCGGCAGGUCGACUGCCACGGGUCCCGCGUGCUCAGCCUGGGCGACAACAUGUCGGAGCUCCUCUCCAUCGAGAAGGGGCGGGCCGUGGACCUCGGCCUCGCCUGCCUGUGCCGGAGGGCCGCCGCCUACCAGAUCGCCUGUGGGAUCUCCUGGCGGCGCCGACACCUCGACACGGACCGCAACCUCAGUGGCGCGGGGUCGAGGAAGGCGCUGCAGGGCGUCUACCGCCAGGGGCAGCGGCGGGUUGGCGGCAGGUCGGACAGGCCCACUCUGCCCGCGGGCUGCCCGCCGCCGGCGCCCACGACGCCGGCCCCGCCGGCGCCCUCGGCGACCGCCAGCUGGCCAGUCGCCGAGGAGGCUUGCGAGCCUCCCCCCGCGGCGCGGCUGCGCGGCGGCCGACUUCAGACCUGCCCGCCGCGGCCGCCGCCGCGGGCUUCUGGAGCUGCUGGCCGCUGCGGGCCGCGGCGCUCCCCACGGUCACGAGAGGGGCCCGCAGCCGGCGCCCCUGGCCACCCUGCGCGCAAGGCGACGUUCGACGAGGCCGAGGGGGCCCGCGACCUGUCGCCGCCGCUCGGUCUGGCGGUCGCGGCUCCGAUCGACAUCAAGUUCGGGGGUUGGGGCGACCUGCUUCGGCCCAGCAUCGAGACCGUCGUUCGCCAGUGGAUCGUCUCUCGCAAGGUCUGGUUCGUGCACUUCGGGACUCCGUGCACUCCGUGGUGGUCCCUCGAGAACCCCCGGGGAUCUUGGCUCUUCUCUUGGGAGCCUCUCCAGAAGUUCCUGUCCGAGCAUAGCAAGGUCUCCGUGGUAUAUGACUGCUGUCAGUUUGGAGCCCCGUACCAGAAGCCCACCAGGAUUGAGUCUGACCUCCCCGAGCUCGGUAUCCUUGAAAGGCGUUGUCUUGGAGGUCAUGCCCACGAGCAUCUUCAGGGGAAGGUCAAGGUCCGUGAUCGCCAGGGUCGGCUCAAGCAGUUCUGGCGCACGACCCUGGCUGGAGCCUACCCUCCUGGAGUCUGCCACAGCGCCGCCCGGGCCUUGGCGCGCGCGGCGCCGGCUGCAGCCUGGCGACCAGAUGGGGAUCCACUGCUGCCCGGUCACUGGGAGGCUCAGCUCCGCCGUGCAGCCAAGAUGGUCGACGUCCAGCCGUCCCUCGAGUGCCCCAGCUGCCCGCGGAAGUGGGUCGCGCUCUGGCCGCCAGACGCCGUGCCCGCUGACUCCUCGCCGGGCUUCCUGCGGCGUUCGCAGGUGCGGCCGGCCACUCAGGCCCGCUACCUCGCCAGCGUCGCCGUGUUCGCCACGGCCAUGGGUGUCGUCGCCGACCGCUGGGUGAGCAAUGACCUCCCCCUGGUGGACACACUCCUUGAGGAGUACUUCGAGCAGCUCUACGUCGACGGCGGCAGCAAGAGCACGGCCCGCUACACCUUGGCCGCCUUGGCCUACCGUUUCAGCGUGUCUCUUCGUGCCCCAGGCGUCUUCCCGAAGGCGAAGGGCGCCCUCGCUGGCUGGGGCAAGCUCGAGCCGGACGUCACCUCGGAGCCGCUCUGCUGGGCUGCUGCGUGCUUGAUGGCUCUGUACCUGGCCGGCCUCAACACGGAGAUCGCCCUGCAGGCCGCCCGCGGCCUGGUGGUGCAGUUUGACACGUACCUGCGCCCUGGUGAGCUGCUGGACCUCCGCGUGCCCUGCUGCAUCCUGCCGCAGCCGAGUGCCGGCUCAGGGUACAACAAGAUGGGGCUCGUCGUCGGCGCCUCCGCGCUGGUCAUGGGCGACGACGACGACACCGUGCUCAUCGAUGGCCAGUCUCGUGCGGGUGUGGCUGGCGCGCUCAUGGCCCUCGUCAAGAGCGCCAACCAAGCCCGCCAAGGGCGCCUCAUGUUUCUCCAUUCGUACGCUUCGUACAACCGCUUGCUCAAGAGGGCCGCCGUCGCCGUCGGCCUCCCGACCAAGGUGACAGCCCACCUCCCUCGGCACGGCGGUCCGUCGGAGGACUACUUGAGAGGUGCCCGCUCGCUGGCCGACAUUCAGUCUCGUGGCAGGUGGUCGAGCUUCCGUUCUGUACAGCGCUAUCAGAAGAGCGGCCGUGCUCUUGCAUCCUUCAGACGCCUCUCGGCCGCUGUGAAGGCAGAGGCUAAGCGUGCGGAGGCCUUGCAGUUGUCCUUCCUCUCGUAG